AUGUCCUUCGCGGGCGUAUCUGCCAUCGCCAACGGCGAGCUCCUGGGAUCUGGCACCUCUCCCACCUUCAACGCCUACGCGGCCAGCGGGUACCACUUGCUUGUCGUCCAGGGUUACUCAAUCAAGCGCGGACUCAUCGAGUCUCACUCCUUUACCAUCGGCGGCCAGCGCUGGUGCAUCCACUACAUGCCUCAACACGGGGACAACGUUGGCUCCAUCACACUUUUUCUUAGCCUCGUCGAGAGCACUAAAGAGCCCAUAAAGGCACAGUUCGAGUUCAGUUUCGUUAACCAGACUGACAAGCAAGAGCCGGCAAGUAUCCACGACAGUGAAAUAUUCGAGUUCCGAACUAGUAAGCUCAAAGUCAUCGAAAGAGAGGCCUUGGAGAAACACCUGAAGGACGACAGUUUCACCAUUCGAUGCGACAUCGUGGUCGUAAAUCCAACAUGCGGCACUUCUCGAUUUGUUGCGGUGCCACCGUCCAACAUGCAACAGAACUUCACCGACCUUCUCCUGGCCGGGCAGGGCACAGACGUUGUCUUUUGUGUGGGCGGCAAGACGAUCACCGCCCACCGUUGUGUCCUGGCGGCCCGCUCUACUGUCUUCAGGGCGGCACUCUUCGGUCCAAUGCAGGAAGGCACGUCGUCGUCCAUUGUGCAGAUAGAUGACAUGGACGCGCCAGUGUUCAAGGCAAUGCUAGAGUUCAUCUACGGCGACACGCUGCACGCAAUGAAGGAGAGCAAGGACGAGGUCAUGGUGUUGCUGCAACACCUGCUCGUAGCGGCAGACAGGUACAACCUCCAGAGGCUGAGGCUGAUGUGCGAGAAGAAUCUCUGCGAGCACAUCGGUGUGGAUAUGGUGACGAGCAUCCUGGCACUCGCCGAGCAGCACGGUUGUCAUGGGCUGAAGAAGGCGUGCUGCGAGUUCCUCUGGUGUCCGGACAACCUGAGGGCGGUGGUGGACACGGAUGGAUUUGAUCACUUGUGCAGAAGCUGCCCCCCUCUCUUAUGA